AUGAAGGCGAACAAGACACUCACCUACCUCGACCUCAGCCACAACCUCAUCGGCAGUCAGGUGUUGAUUAGACAUGUUCCCGUCGAUUUCGUCCAGGAAAGCAUCAACUACGUCCGGCCAGAGUUCUACACGGGGGCCGAGGCGUUGGCCGACUGGGUAUCGACCGGAAGCUGCCCUCUCAAGUACCUUGAUGUUUCGUGGAACACCAUCAGGCUCGACUCGGCUGUUUAUUUUGGCAAUGCCGUUGCCUGUGAGACGCUUCGUACAUGGUCAGAGCAUCACUACCGUAACGACAUGAAUCGCUUGUGGAAGUCAAUCGACAAGUACUAG